AUGUCGUCUGCUGUUGCAGAGCACCCGUAUGACAUCUACACAGCUGCGCAGCUGCGUGCGUGCUCGGGUUCCCCGCGUGCCGACCAGGUGCCGGGCUUCGUCUACACCGCCACCAACAUCAUCGCCUACGAGGCCAUACAGAACAUCCCGCUGGCCACCUUCAGCGUGCUCCGCGAGACGCGGCUGUUCUGGAACGCGGCCCUGUGGGUGCUGCUGUUUCAGACGAGCCUUUCGCGGACGCAGUGGCUCGGAGUGAGCGGGAUCUUCGUCGGGUGCACCGUCAGCCAGCUCCCAGUCAUGAUGACGUCCGAAUUCACGCCGGAGGUCAUGUGGGUGCUGGUCCUGGCAUUCCUGACGGCCGCCGGCGGCGUGAUGACGGAGUACGCCAUGAAGCAGAGGGCGGCCGUCGACAUCAACCUGCAGGGGUGCGUGAUCUACGUCACGAGCUGCUGCUUCACGGUGUCGUUCCUUCUGGUCGCCCGGUCGCACCUGUUCCUCAGCGCCGCCGACUUUUUCCACGGGUUUGAGCCCGAGUGCAUGCAGAUCGUCGCGCUGCAGGUCCUGCAGGGCCUGACGGUCAGCCGCAUCCUCAAGCACGUCGAGUCGGUGACGAAGAGCAUCGUGUCGUCGCUGUGCAGCCCGCUCCUGACCUUCAUCGGCUCCGUGGUCAUGAAGUACCACCUCCGCCCGCACGAGAUCAUGGCCUCCCUGGUCGUGUUCCUCUCCUGCAUGCUGUACCUGAAGGACGGCCCGCUCGGCUUCGGCCAGCCGAAGGACACAAUGACCUGGACGGCGGCGUCCGCAAGCUCUUCGAGAGGGUGGCCGUAG